UGCCCACUGAGGAGUGGAAUGGAAUGCACCUGGACCUCACUUCCUCUUGAAGACGUGCAUUGAAUUAAGAAAGCAGUUUCAGGGGGUUUGGAUUGGGAGUGGUGGUGAUUGGGAGUGAUGGUGGCUGGGGAAACAUGGAGAGGCCAGAGAGAGCCAUACUUGUAAAUUGUGCUAAGGAGAAGAACGCUGCCUAAAACGUCCUUUUUGGCCACUAGAGGCCCCUAUCAUCCUCUAUGAGGAGUGCCCUCAUUGCCCUUUCCAUCAUGGCCGCCUGGAGUGGCCUGCUUGCCGCUCAUAACGCAUGCGCAAUGAUUACAAACAAAUGUUUGAAAGAAAUUUACCGCGAAACUGUUGAAAUUAUGAAGCCUGUCCGGGGAUCGGAACGCGCCUCCUCCAAGGCACCUAAAGGCAAGAAGACAGGCGAGAAGCCAAAUAAGCCCGGUAUAAAGACACGUCAACGGAGAGUAUCUCAGGAGGAGCCCCAGCCAGGAACCAGCAGCCAGAUCCCUCAGCCAAAACCACAGAAGAAGAAGAAAGGUGGCACAGUUGCAAGUCCCAGGAAGCUGAAAGGUCAGGAGAAGUGGAAACCGCUGACCAAGCCCUCAAUUACGGCUCUAGACAACAUACUGGGACUGUCUAUACUGUCUGUUCUGGCUGGAAGACGGACUAACAAAGAGGAAUCGCAGAAACAUCUGAACAUGGUGAAAAACAGGUUCCUGUCUAAACUGGCUCAACUGUCAGUGCCAAUUCAGAAACAGGAAAUGAUGAGUCAUUCUUCUCGUCAACACCAGGAAGAGACGAGGAAGUCAGCCGUUGGCAAGAAGAUCCUCACCAAGCUGGUGGCGGAUCUGGGUGCUGUUGUGGGCUCUCUAGAACAGCUAGAGAAGGAGAGAGACUCCCUGGAGCACCAGUGUUUUAACCUCAGACAACAACUGGAGCAGCAGGAGGAGAGUAACCAGCAGAUCCUCCAGUUGUCAGAACAAGGAGUCCUGCGUCUCCCCCCUGUACCUCAGCGCAAAGACAGACCCUUACAGGAGCAGAUGUUGUGUCUGGUUCAUAGCAGACACUCCGUCACCACGGCCCGUCGCCUAGCCAAGACCCUCCAGACAUCAGGGCCGGUCCAGGAUGCUCAGACCCUACUGGAACGAGCCUACAGACACGCUGACCGCCUGAUCACUCCACCUACAGCUGUCAGCCAAUAGCAGGACUCCAUCCAGGCUGGUUGGCCAAUAGCAGGACUCCAUCCAGGCUGGUUGGACAAUAGCAGGACUCCAUCCAGGCUGGUUGGCCAAUAGCAGGACUCCAUCCAGGCUGGUUGGCCAAUAGCAGGACUCCAUCCAGGCUGGUUGGCCAAUAGCAGGACUCCAUCCAGGCUGGUUGGACAAUAGCAGGACUCCAUCCAGGCUGGUUGGCCAAUAGCAGGACUCCAUCCAGGCUGGUUGGCCAAUAGCAGGACUGUAUUAGCGAUAUAUAUGACCAUGUAUAAGCCAUGUGUUAUAUGGCUCUGGCAUGGGCUUUGCACGGACCACCUGACUUUAACUGCUACAUAGUUAACAUUGUAUUCUGUAAUGGGAGGAGCCCCAAUUGUUCAUAUCUGUAUUUUUUCCCUAAGUGUUUCUUCUUUUGGCUGUAGAUGAUCAUUAAUAACCUGUAGAAGUGUUUUGGACUGUUUUGAUGAGUUCUUAUGAUGAAUAUAGUUCUGAUAAUGCCUCUAGUCCAGACAGGCUGGGUGACAGGUUGACUUCAGCCCUAAGAUAAUGCCUCUAGUCCAGACAGGCUGGGUGACAGGUUGACUUCAACCCUAAGAUAAUGCCUCUAGUCCAGACAGGCUGGGUGACAGGUUGACUUCAACCCUAAGAUAAUGCCUCUAGUCCAGACAGGCUGGGUGACAGGUUGACUUCAACCCUAAGAUAAUGCCUCUAGUCCAGACAGGCUGGGUGACAGGUUGACUUCAACCCUAAGAUAAUGCCUCUAGUCCAGACAGGCUGGGUGACAGGUUGACUUCAGCCCUAAGAUAAUGCCUCUAGUCCAGACAGGCUGGGUGACAGGUUGACUUCAGCCCUAAGAUAAUGCCUCUAGUCCAGACAGGCUGGGUGACAGGUUGACUUCAACCCUAAGAUAAUGCCUCUAGUCCAGACAGGCUGGGUGACAGGUUGACUUCAGCCCUAAGAUAAUGCCUCUAGUCCAGACAGGCUGGGUGACAGGUUGACUUCAGCCCUAAGAUAAUGCCUCUAGUCCAGACAGGCUGGGUGACAGGUUGACUUCAACCCUAAGAUAAUGCCUCUAGUCCAGACAGGCUGGGUGACAGGUUGACUUCAACCCUAAGAUAAUGCCUCUAGUCCAGACAGGCUGGGUGACAGGUUUACUUCAGCCCUAAGAUAAUGCCUCUAGUCCAGACAGGAUUACUUCAACCCUAAAAUAAUGCAUCUAGUCCAGACAGGAUUACUUCAACCCUAAAAUAAUGCCUCUAGUCCAGGCGGGAUUACUUCAACCCUAAAAUAAUGCCUCUAGUCCAGACAGGAUUACUUCAGCCCUAAAAUAAUGCAUCUAGUCCAGACAGGAUUACCUCAGCCCUAAAAUAAUGCCUCUAGUCCAGGCGGGAUUACUUCAACCCUAAAAUAAUGCCUCUAGUCCAGGCGGGAUUACUUCAACCCUAAAAUAAUGCCUCUAGUCCAGGCGGGAUUACUUCAACCCUAAAAUAAUGCAUCUAGUCCAGGUGGGAUUACUUCAACCCUAAAAUAAUGCCUCUAGUCCAGACAAGAUUACUUCAGCCCUAAAAUAAUGCAUCUCGUCCAGACAGGGCUGAAGCAGGGACGUCGCUAGACAGAACAUCCGGGGGCUCCGGCCUGAAGACCUGGGGCUGACUCCGGGGGGGAUUUGAUCCCUGCGCAAGCUAGCAGUGAAUGUUUUGCAGAAAUAUGACGCUAGGUUGCAUAUCUCACUGCUUUCUUCCCUGCGCUGUGCUCUCUUGACGCCAAAUAAUCAACACUUCAUAUUCCAUUGAAUUAAUAUUAUGUCAAAUGUUUAUUUAUUAGCAAGUACAAGUGCAAAACUAUAUAAUUUUCCAUAACGAGAAAUAGUUGAGAAAAGUAUGUUUCAUUUGGUUGCAAUGUUUUCAUAAACCAUGUCCAAUAUUAGAUUGGCAAUAAAAGCCUCAUGAUGUUGA